AUGAUUCUCGAGGACACGAUCAAGUUUCGCCAGAGUGCCAAAACCGUUGAAGACGUGGCUCAGUGGCGCCUGACAUACAACUUUAUCAUCGAAACAAAGUACUUUCUCGAGCGCUACGACAGCAUAGUGGAAACGUGGGACCUCUGUGAUAAACAGUUCCUGAUGAAUCUGUGGAAAAUUGAGGAGCUACUAACGAAUCUACUGUACAAAUAUACUACCGUUUCGACCGAGUACAUCAAGCACAGUGCUCUGCCGAAGGUGGAAAUUAAAUGUUGCGACCACCUCUUUGAGAAAUCUAAAGACCUCUACAAGCAUUACUACACCGUGCACCACACACCGGGACGGGUCAAUGAUGUUCGGUUUUGUGAAAUGAAGGCUGGCCUGUUGAAGUUGGAGUUUUACUGCAAAAGUUUAAAGUACUACCUGGAGUUUGGGACCUGGUGCGAUCAUGUGCUGUGCUUGUACCUGAAAAAAAUCUAUCGGAAAGUCAAUUUCACGCUUGACCCUUUCCGAGAGGAGCCUCUUCCGGCACCCGUCACCCAACAGCAAACAGAGGUUGCUGAGUAAAAGUGUGGUAGAAUAAAGAGUUGCUUUUUAAGAAACGCUUCUUGAGUUCUUACUAUUUGCAUGUUGUGAUAUCUCCGUGCUUUA